GAGAGAGAGAGUAUUAUUAAAACCAGACAACCUAAGAUGACUUGGAGCAGUGUAGUCAUGUUCUCUUUCUCUUCAGGCAUUCGACAGAGGCCCGUUUGGAAAGCAUCAACACUGAAAUCAUCCUGGCUUCAUUCAACACCCUAAGUUCCAGCUACCUUUCUAUUUAAAGUACGAGUUGACCACAAGAAAGACAUGAGGGUUCAAACUUUCUCAAGAGCGCAAAUUCUGCAGGAGUUUCGCUUGCGAUGCCAGGCGCACGCAGCCAAUGACAACAGAGGCUUUAAACAAGAGUUUGAGGAGCUAGAUUUAGUUGGCAAAGACCUCCCGACCAGAGCGGCUGACUUGGAGGUCAACAGAGAAAAGAACAGAUACCCCUAUAUAUUGCCAUAUGACCACUGUCGUGUGAGGCUGUCUGUCCAAAAUUCCCAACCACACACUGACUACAUCAACGCAAAUUUUGUGCCUGGAGGUGGAUCAGAAAGAGACUUCAUCUGCACUCAGGGUCCUUUGUACCACACCAUGGCCGACUUCUGGAGGAUGGUGUGGGAGCAAAACGUCGGGAUAAUUGUCAUGGUGACAGCUCUGAAACAUAAGGAUACAGUGUUGUGUGACAAGUAUUGGCCUCUGGACAGAGGGACAGUUUAUCAUGGACUGAUCCAAGUGACGACAUUGACACGCAAACAAGGUCCAGAUUAUUUUAUCACCACCAUUAACCUCAGACAGAGAGAUUGUCCAACAGACAGGACAAUCACACACUACUACUACCCUGCCUGGCCUGACCGGGGCGUCCCAAAAGACUUAUUCUCACUCUGUGCCUUCACUGAGCAUGUGCGGCAGAAAUUGGAAGCGAUUCCACGCCUGGGACCCGCCGUGGUGCACUGCAGUGCAGGUGUUGGCCGUUCUGGGACACUUGUGACGUUGUUGUGGCUGAUGCAGCUGUGUGCGAGGGGCAUCCAGCCUGAUGUCCGGGCUGCUGUGGAGGACCUCCGGCUACAUCGAAUGUGGAUGGUCCAAAAUCUGGAGCAGUACAUAUUUGUUCAUCAGUGUCUGCUGCAGUGGCUCAGUGGAGGAGCCUCAGCACGGCCACAAAUUCAGGGAGCCAGUUCAAAUAUUAACCACCACAUUCAAGAUCAACCCCACAGCUCCUCGGGACAGCGGAGCAGAGCAGGGAGGAGUAGACAUCACCGUCAUCGACAGACUGCUCCAUCAGACCAACCACAGAACGCAAUGCAGCAGAUUUUAAACCCUGGGAAGCUACUGAGGUGGUUACUGCCUUCCUCGUCACCGUUUAAUCCAGGCGCACACGCCUCCUGAACUCAAGCUGUAAAACUGGUAAUAAAAAAAAUAAGCUAGACUUGAAAAAAAUUCUAACUCAUACGUCUAAGAAGGAAACAGACUGCAAAAAUAAUGCUUGGCGUGCUUAUGAUGACAAGCCCUGCAGGUGUAAAAACCAGCCUGACAACAUAAACAGCAAAUAAAUGCUGUUGCCUAAA